UGACUGCUGUUUUCUCCUUUAUGGCCUGCAUGUAUGCUGCUACAGGACUACGCUUUGGAAAUAAAUGGCAGAACUGACUACAGUGCUCUGUCUAGCCAAACAGCUGUGCCUCUGGGUGGUGGAGCGACCACCAACGGGACAAUGUCAGGCUACCUGAACAAGCAAGAGAUCCACCAGUCGCAUAGCUCAUCUUUUGUAAAGCCAUCUCUGAACACUUCUUGGUCUUCUUACUCUGUGACUUCUGAUACAUCUCCUAUCAGGCGUAGCAUAAGUGCAACAUCAGAUGUUUUAGUAAAUGCUGAAAAUGAUCAAAACCCGUUUAGUUCGCCUAAGAAAGGACUAUAUAACAAUCCCAUUGGCCUAUAUUCAGCUGAGACCCUUAAUGAAAUGGCUGGAAAGCAUAAGCUAAGUCUCAAGGGAAGGGCUUCAGAAAGCUUUCUUCUUAGAGGGUAUGUAAGAUAUUUUAAUUUAACUGUAAAUAUUAUAUAUGAAGUGUUUCACAUAUAUAUCUGCUUGGCACAAUUUGCUACCUUUCACAAUAUAACCAUAGGGCUGGAUUCAGUGUACUUAAAGGGUCCACCCAAAACUGACGUCUUCAAUUUCUAAUUAGAUCAGUGGGCUCAAUCACAUAUAAGCUAUAUGUUGCAGAGACUCUAUUAUGACUUCACAGCUUUUCCCACUGGCAUGGCUGUUAUAAAAAUUAUUAAUUAUCAUUGAAUAUAUAAUUUAGUGUACCAUUAUGGAAACUGCAGCCAGAGAGCAGCGAGACUAGUCAAGCUGCAGUAGGGGAGGAAGACUUUUUGGAAAAAGUGGAGUCUCUGUGAUAUCAAAAGCCUAUGGGUAGUUCAGGCCAUUAAAGCCCACCUAUAAUUGAAGUUCCGGUUUUCAGUGGACAGAAUCUUAAGUAUGCUUUUAAUAUAAAAAACAAUUUAAAUAAUAAUUGUUUUAAAUGUACUGAUUAAAUAAACAUACAGAUACCAGA